GUUUUUAAAUUAACCUUGUAAACAUUCAACAGGAUGGCUGGCGACUCUAUGAAAGGGAGUGGCAACUGUGAUGACAGAAAAGCCGGCAAACACAGGCUAGAGUUAUGGUUGAAUAAAAGUAUGAGGAUAAAAAUGACUGAUGGGCGCACCCUUAUUGGUACAUUCUUAUGCACUGACUGUGAUUGUAAUAUUAUAAUGGGCUCUUGUGAGGAAUACCUGAAAUCCCCAGAUUCAGAACCAAGGGAGGACCCCAGGAUCCUAGGUUUAGCCAUGAUUCCAGGAAAACAUGUUGUGAGCAUUGAAAUUGAUGAGUCCUUACCUGUAGAUGAGAAUGAAUCGGACUGUCCAACUAGAAACAACAGCAAUGAAACAACAAGUAGUGGAUUAGAUAGCAGCUUAUUAUCAGAGAGUGAGAGAAGUAUAAGCAAAGAUUCUAUUGUCCAGGAACCAUCAUGAUACAAGUUGUGUUUAGAAACUUAAUUUCAUUACCAGACAAAAUUAGUUGUACAAACAUAUACAGAGUUCUCAAUUUUUUUGAGAUCUAAUAAAGAUGUUUAUUAUUAUAAUUACUUUGAA